AUGUCAAUAUCAACCACAUCCCUCUCCGUCAAGCUCAAUUCCACCUCUUCCCUCCUGCUCGAAAGAGCUCGUAUAAUAUCCCUGAACCUCAAACCUAACCCUUCAUCCCUCUCACAGAUAAUACGCAAUCUUACUUCGAUCAAAUUAGAUCUCGAUCAGCUACAGCUCGAACACGGUCUGGACCAGGACCCGAAAGGGAAACUGAUAGAUGAUGGAUCGGAAGUAGGAAAAGGAGACAUAGAAGAAUUGUGCGAGAGGUACGAUAAGUUGUUGGAGAUGCUUUUGGAGGAUGAACUAGGCAAGGCGAAAGUCAAUGAGCUACGAAGAGAAGAGAGGAGAUCUCCAUCACCUCCCAUACCCACCCCUGCACCGAAACCCAUCCCCAGUCCUAUCCAAACUCCCACAUUUGCCGAAGUACCUUCCCUACAUAUCGAACCUCCCACACCCGGUAUACAGAAGAACGACCUGAAACCAUUUAGAGAUUACCCGGACGAAUACGAUCUGGAUGAAGAGGAACGCGCAGCAGGUAUGAGUCAUAAUGAGAUGUUGGAUCACCAACAGAUGAUGAUGAAUGACCAAGAUGAACGUCUAAACCUCUUAUCUAAUUCUAUCGGACGCCAAAACGACCUAUCCGUCCAAAUUGGUUCAGAGUUGGAUAUUCAUCAUCAGUUACUGGAAGAUACGGAUCACGCGAUGGAUAGAACUGCACAUAAUUUGAAUCGAGCAAAGAGGAGGUUGGACAAAGUUGCAGGCGAAGCUAGACAGUAUGGAAGUACAAUAACGAUCGUUGUUCUGAUUUUCAUUCUACUUAUAUUGAUCAUCGUUUUCAAGACAUGA